AUUGAUUUACAUCAGGAAAUUGAAAGCUCGAGAUAAAAAGCAGCCGAUGAAGUGGAGUAAAAAGUCCGUUGUUUCCAAAUAAUGUGUUUUAUAUUUAGUUAAUUUCACCACAUGGCUUACUCAAAUGGCCAAUAUUGACACAAUUGAAGAUGCUUCUCCUAUCCAAGGAAGCAGUAACGAUGUUAUUCGAACUCCUGAUCCGAUAAAAAUUAGUGGUGUUGGGCAUUUAACCUUGUUUGGUAUGACAAACAAAUUUGAAACUGAAUUUCCUUCUGGAUUGAUGGGCAAGUUGGCACCUGAAGAAUUCAAUUCUACCUUGGCAAGAAUAAAUAAAGUGCUUGGGAGAACACUACCCACAAAUAUACGAUGGCUGCUGUGUGGUUGCAUAUGUUGCUGUUGCACCAUGGGAAUGUCUAUGUGGCCAGUUGUCUUUUUAAAUAAACGUACAAAGCAUACUCUAGAGAAAAUUAUAGAUUCCGAAAAUCAAAACUUAUAUCACAAGCUGAGUUUACACCUGAGACUACAGAAGCAAAUGAUGAUGUCAAGUAACAUGAUGGAAUACGUGUUGCUAAUCGAAUUUCGACCUAAACAACCCAUAUACAAACCAGAUUAGAUGUUUUUAAAGAUUGAAAUUGAAGAAUAUUAUUAUUAUUUUUUAAAAUAGAGAUGGUUUGUAAUGAGACUGUUAGGGCUAACCAACUGCGUAAACGAAAUAUUCCCACCUUGUUUUGUUUCUAUUAAAUCUUGAUUGUAAAAUAAGAUUUUUUUUGACAAGGGGACGUGUUCAGGCAAAAAACUAAAGCUCUAAAAAUCUGCGAAAGAAUAUUUACGAUCCUUUGUUCAGUUUUUGUGGAAAACUUAUAGUCGAGUGAAAACUUGGCUAAGCCUUGCCUUAUAGUAAAAAAAAAAUAUAGUUAAAAAGCUUUGCUCGAUCUUUUCACCUUGUCUUGCUAAAAUCAAACAGUCAUUUUAUUACACCAUUUUGGGAAAAGUCAGAAACCUUUUGAGCAGGGAACUCAGUACGAAUCUAGUGUAGCAGUUCAGUAGGUGACACCUGCCGCAACAGUUUGGAGAGGGAAGGGAGAAUUUAAAUAUAUAUAAAUAUACCUUAUAAUAUAUAAAAAUGUUUAAGGAUUAUAGGAAUGUGUGUUUGUAUAAUUUUGACUCACUAGUCUUGAACUUUUUUUAAGCUCUUUUAUGCGAAAAAUAAAAACUCAAAAAUAUAUGUUAAGUUUUCUGAGAAAAUGGAUUUUGUAACUGAAUGUUGUGUAGUUUUGUUUUAAAUAUAAAGAUUCCGCGUGAAUACCAAUGUGGAAGAACUUUAAGUAGAAUAAUUAUGCCGUGAAUACGUCUUAUGCGUUAUAUGCAUAAAGAAUGUUUGAAAGUCUUAUGUAAAUACGAGUUUAAUAUUUAUUUCUAAGAUUUAAUAAAGUUACCAUUGUUGUUA